AUGACGACCUCCUCAAUGAGCGACAUACCAACCAUUUCAACACAACAUAAUGAUUCCAGCAACAUCAUCCAUCAAGCCACGAUGCAGUUUAUUCAACCAGGAUGUCAAGAUAUCAAUGCACUCGAAAAACGAGCAAAGGCAUUUGCGUACAGUGCACGUCCUGGGUUGGCGCUACGCGAUGCUUUGGAAAUCAUUCGACUUGCACCGUCAUCAUCGAUUGGACAUGCACUCACUGCUGGGAUUCACACGCAAUAUGGACAACACGCAAGAGCCAUCCAUCAUUACAACGAAGCCCUCAACAUCGAACACGAUUUGAUCAGACGUCACGAGAUUGAACAAUCGAGUCGUUAUAGUGAGCAGCAGCUUUCAAAGGGAGUCGACUUUGUAUGCAAGCUUCCUUUUGAGUUGGUGUCAUCAUUCAUCCUUCCACCAACCCUGACGAUUACAUCCCAUGAAUCACUUUUAUACCUGCAUGUGUCCAAAGCAUGGCGACAAAGAGCAUUGCAAACGGCGUAUCUUCAAUUCACACGCAUUACAAAGUCAGCACGUGCUUCCAUGUAUCUCCUUGUUUCGUACGCUGCAUAUAUACAACACAUCUCGUUAUCGGAUCAUGCGUCGUUCGCAUUUCAGCUUGUUUUCAGGACAUCGUUUCCCUCAUUGCAGUCAUUUCACAUACACUUAUCCACGAAGGACGACAUUUAUCGACUCUAUGAAUUUCUCAAGACAUCUGGCAAAUCAUUGAAAGUGAUAGACCUGGAGGGACACGUAUGUGUGGAGAUAGGUACGAAGACACAUUACAUCUCGCAAACCGUACCGCUUUGUUUGGAUAUGAUCUUGCAGCUCUGCCCAAAUCUUGAGUCCUUCAAUGGUACUGUUGUCCGCCUGUCACCGAUCGCAUGCACGUAUCCAAAGGUCAAACGGCUUAUGAUCCGAUACAUGGUGUAUACCCCUUCAGCAAAUAAGAGCACCAUUUCAGCAAAUACGAGCAUUGCAUUGGUGAAACGAUUCCCAUCUUUGAAGCAGUUACAAUUACCAAGUUGCCAUGAUUCGCGCGCACUUCCAGUUAUUCAUCAGUAUUGCCCUUCGCUUCGUUCACUUGAGUACGGCACGCGAGGAGAUGCUACAGUGGUUGAUCAUGGAUCGUUGACAAUCAACACACCCGGGUUGCAUAGCUUAAGUGUAGAUGAGAGUUGUGCUCUUCGACUUGAAGACCUUACGUGGACAUUGACAAGAUACAGCAAUACACUGGUGAAUAUUAAUAUCAGAGGUCAUCAAGCAUACCGCGACGACAGCACAGCGGCUCUUGACCCGAAUGCACGAUUCGAACAUCUCCGCAACAUUACCUUCGAUUUCUUUGCUGAGGAUCAUUCAACAAGCCUUUUACGUUUGAUAUUACAACAUGCAUCCGACGCAAGAUCUCUUUCAACUAUUCCCUACAACGUUGACGAUGCUGACAUUUAUGAAAUCUUGACGAGAAUGCAACACCUCACGUCUAUCGAAUGUUCAGCGCCAUCCACGACGAUGAUAAGGCUUAUGGAGCACCAUGGAACCUUGCGGCAUGCAUCUACGUUGCGUAAUGUGGCCGUUGGAUUUGAUCACGAUGGCGAGCUACAUGAAGACAUGUUGAAUGCUAUACGUCGAUUGCCCCAAUUGCAGUGUCUCUCCCUAAAUCUUAAUGGCUGUGUCCUAGGAGAUCGAUUUCUCGCUUUUAUGGAGAUGCUUUCUCACGAAUGCCCUUGUUUGGAAGAGCUCGAACUUCUUUCAUGGCACGAAAUCCCACCUGAACUCAUACCCAAGUUUCGUUUAUAUCCACGACUCAAAUCCCUUACUUUGCGUAGUCCCGAUUGUUGGGAUGAAUGCCUCCUGGAUCUUUUACAUUGCCCAUCAUUAGUAUCUCUUUACCUUCUCGAUGCCAAUCUCCCUGAAGAAGCUGCAGAUGCUUUGGCCAAGGUACUAACAUACAUAGACGUUACCGAACAUUACCAAAGCAUUGUAAGGAAUCAUAUUGAAUAA